AUGGAUCCUGCAUUCGAACGGAUACCCGCCGAAAUCUGGCUCGACAUUUUCGAGCUUUUCCCGACUGCAAUCGAUCUAUACGGCAUCAGCGUAACAUGCCGCAAGUUCCGGCACUUGACCAUUCGCGCCCUUCACCGGGACGUCGUCUGGCACAAGGCAAAGCAUGCUGCACUUGAAUUGAAGGUCUGGGGCGACCUACCGGGAAUGGAACCAUAUGUACGCUCUCUCGUUCUUGGCGUCACCCGUCUUCCUGCUGGCCAUCGCGCUCGUCUCGUGGAGCUCGACGGAACUUCAAUCGCGGGGGGCGUUCUUCACGACUCCGGGGAUCCUUCCGCCGGCGGACCCAUCAGCGACCGUCCGGCGAACAUCGUCGACAGCUCCUUCGCUGCGCCCUCCCUCCACGAUGCCUUAUGGGCGAAGAUACAGACUUUCACGAAGAUCUCGUCGCUCACCUUCGCGAACAUGUAUGUUCUCCCCGAACACUUCGAGCUCGUCCACUCCCUCCCCCUCCUCCGUGCCCUGCGCAUCGACACUUGCGCUAUCUGCUCCCGCUCGCCGCACCCCGCGCUCAACCACGCGACGCUCCCGAUCACGGACCUGACGCUCUACAACAUCCGACGCGCGACGCGUUCGCUUCCCAACGUCCCUGGAGGAGUCGACGACCUUGCAUACGCGCUCUCUCUCGCCGUCGCGCAGAACCUGCGUCGCCUCAGCAUCGACUCCACCGCAGACGUCUUCCGCUCUGUGUUCGGCGUGUGGGACGCACCGGCACGAGGUUGGGCCAUCCCGCCGAACCUCGAACACUUGUACGUCAAGAAAGGUGUUGUUGCCGUAGUCGAGCGCCCGUCGCUCUUCGUUGUCGAGCACGCGUUUCCCGACACCCACCUCUACCACUUCUGCGUCCAGGCGAAGUCGCUCCGCACGGUGUCCACCCCGAUCUUCGUCCCCGCGCAGGUCCCCAUCGCACCGGAAGCGCUGCCGGCCGGCCUGGAGCGCCUGUGUGCCCCGCUGGACACAGUGCAGCUCGUCGCGGGGGUCCGCCCGCUGCAGGCGAUCGGCCUGCUCAAGUGCGGCGUGGCCGCGCGCGAGGGCAUCAUGGCGAUGUCGUCGAUCGGGUACAGCUGUCCUCGCCUGAAGAUGCUCCUCGUGGAGCUCAAGGGAUGGGACGAAGAGAUAUUGUCUGCCGCAGCACAGCUCUUCAAAUGCCUUCGGCGGCUGAAGGUGCUUUACGAUGGCGCCGGCCCAAGCGAGGACUUUCUGGUCUCCUUGGCCCCCGAGUUCCUUGUGAAUUUCCCCGACCUCCAUACCCUCCAACUUUAUCAUCAGCCGCCCAUUGGCACAAAGCGGCCUGACUAUCCCACUUCACUCUACGACGAAUCUUUCGACACGAUCGAGGAGGAGCUGCGCAAUAUCAUUAUCCCGUGGAACAGGUACUGCCCGAACCUGCGUUUGGUGCAGUUGCACGCUGGCUAUGUCAUGACGCGAGCGUUCGAAGGCGCUACCUGGAACUUGGAGCGCGUUCGGCGCGUCGAGGAGAUCGAGGAACUGGACUAUUGA